AGUGUCCCCCAUGGAUGACCUGACCAAAGCCCUGUCGACCAGCUUCGCUGUGUCCAAAGAGCCCAACAGCACGGCUGGCCCCCAUCCUCGGCUGGCUCAAUACAAGAGCAAGUUCAGCGUGCUGGAGCAGAGCGAGCGACGCCGGCGCUUUCUUGACCUGCAGAAAAGUAAGAGGCUGAACUACGUCAACCAUGCACGGCGUCUGGCUGAUGGGGACUGGACGGGGGCAGACAGCGAUGGAGAGGAGGACAUGGAGAAACCGAGCGAGGGGGAACGGGAGAAAGAUGGCAACACGGAGGAGGAAGAGGAGGAGGAGGAAGGGAUGGAGAUUGAGAGAAGGAAGCUCCCGAAACACUACGCAAACCAGCUCAUGCUGUCAGAGUGGCUGGUGGACGUGCCAUCAGAGCUUGACACUGAUUGGCUGAUGGUGGUGUGUCCUGUGGGGAAAAGAUCUCUCAUCGUCGCCUCAAAGGGUUCGACUGCAGCGUAUACUAAAAGCGGCUACUGUGUGAACCGUUUCCCCUCCCUGCUGCCCGGUGGGAACAGACACAACUCGGCCAUGGGAAAAGACUACACAAUCCUGGACUGCAUUUACAGCGAGGUGGACAGAACGUACUACAUCCUGGAUGUCAUGUGCUGGAGAGGCCACCCCGUCUAUGACUGCCCGACCGAGUUCCGUUUCUACUGGCUCCAGUCCAAGGUCCAGGAGGCAGACGGCCUAUCAGAAAUCGCCAAACGCAACCCUUUCCGGUUUGUGAGCCUCCAAAGCACAGAGUGCACAACAGAGCUGAUUCAGAAAGCCCUGACAGCGGAGUACAGCUUCAGCGUGGAUGGUCUUCUCUUUUAUCACAGACAGACCCACUACACCCCUGGCAGCACCCCUCUGGUGGGCUGGCUCCGCCCCUACAUGGUCACUGACAUCCUUGGCAUAGAGGUUCCCAUAGGACCCCUCACCACCAAGCCUGAGUAUGCCAGCCACCAGCUGCAGCAGAUCCUGGAACACAAAAAAACCUCGACUGAAGUCCGCCCGGCCAACAGAAGCGGAGGCUACGAGUUAGAGUACCUGUCCACCCCGGGCCAGGACAGCAGGGACACUGUGAACUUUCUGAAUCAAAAGCCGAUAAGAGAAGCAAACAUGGAGCUCUGAGUGCGAGGCCUUAGCAAGAUGCAAAUUUGGAACUCAGUGUUUUUCUGAGUGAUUGCGGCCCACAUAUGGCUCUUUAGAAUGUCUUCUGAAUGGUUUUGCAGAACAGGCCAAUUGCAAAGCAUGGCUAAUUCUAAUCCGGCACUGCUUAGGACGCCCUCAGAGUGCAGAUUGGUAGAGCUGUGUUAUAUGUGUUUUUAUAUGGCUAUAGACUGAAGUCUGAUAUUUACAUCUGAACUUUUACCUGCUGCAGACUGCUGAAACAGAUUUGUUUACCGGAAAAUAAAUGUCUAUUAAUCAGCCAGCAGAAUUGCUUUUUCACAGUCCGUUACAGAUCCGUUUCUUAGUGCCAUCAGUUUUUACAUACAUGGUGAAAAGGAGAAAAAGGUGUUCUUAUGUGAUAUAAUAUCGUAAAGUGCAGCACGGUAGAAUUCUUUAGUCAAGCGUUAUUUUGCUGCUCUGCACUUUUUGCACUUAAAAACAGAUCCUUAGUAAGAAACCUCUUUACUGUCGUCAGUUCUUUCUGCUACUAUCAUUGUUGCUUCAUGAGGUUUUGCUCAUUGAUAAGACCCUGUGAUGUACUGUAUUGAACAGCAGCAUGGACUUUUAUUAUAACAUGAUGAUACAAAUAAAAUUGCUCUGAAGAUGUUUUAAAGUGUAUGUUUCUAAAUAAAUGUGUUUUUUUUAAUCA